AUAACUGGAAGGAGAAACCCUAAAUUCAUUCUCUCUCUAUAUUUGUUCUCUCGCCGCCUGUUAGUAAAGUGCAUUCAAUCUAGGCGAUCAGUUUUCAAUCAAGAUGGUUCUACCGAACGAUGUUGAUUUGUUGAACCCACCUGUUGAAUUAGAGAAGAAGAAGCAUAAGCUUAAGCGUCUUGUUCAAUCACCGAAUUCAUUUUUCAUGGAUGUCAAGUGUCAAGGAUGCUUCAACAUAACGACUGUUUUUAGCCACUCUCAAACGGUGGUGGUGUGUGGAAACUGUCAGACAGUGCUGUGCCAACCCACGGGUGGUCGUGCAAGGCUCACGGAGGGAUGUUCUUUCAGGAGAAAAGGAGAUUAAAGCUGGAAUGGGUAUGAAUGAAUUAAACAGGUUUUUUUGUCAUGGGCAAGUCUACGUUUAUGUCAAGUUAAUAUGAUUUUCAGGUUUUAUUUAUCUACAUUGGGUUUCUUUUAUUUCUGUUGAAUGAUUGGUGAUCAGAAAAUUCAGACAUGUGUUUUGAUGGAUGGUACUGUAUUUGUUUAUUACUGAGACAAUCAUCUGAGUUAUAAUAGAAUGCUAUCUUUU